CAGCCCUUCCUGUCUCCCCCCCUCCCUCUGUACAAGGCUGGAGUUUGGUGACAACUGGAGACUAGUGUUGGGACUUUCUCACCCAGUUAGAGACCUACAUGAUCCCCCCAGACUGAGCCCCCCCACCCCAUGUGCAGAGGACCUGUGUGAUCUUCCGGGGUGCCCUGUGCACAGGCAGGAGGUCUCUGAAAGGUUAACCUCUGCCAGACAGACAACAUGGACCCAGAAGAUGGUCAUUCUGGGGGUUUCCAUUCUAUGGGCGCCACCUCAAUCAUCGGAGCAGAAGAUGAAGACUUUGAGAAUGAAAUUGAAGCGAAUGUGGAAGACCACAACAGCCCUUUCCAGAACAUCGAACUUGUAAAAGAUCAUCCGGCGUACAUCAUGGUUUUUCUCCAUCAUGUGGUGCUGCAGUUGGACCCAUGCCCAUUGCUCUGUUACCUCCAUGCCGAUAUCAUAAAGAACCUUUCGGUCAAAGAGGGGAAGAAAUUGUCUACGGAGGGGAAGAAAUUGUUUACGGAAUUCUGCUAUACCUUCAUGAUGAAAGGAGCGGUCCUACGCACCACGGUGCCACCCAUCGUUUCCUUCGAACUCGAUCGCACUAGGCCAGAGCUUUUCACUGAAGACACACAGAAGAAAUUCCUCCGUGAAGUUCAGAGCUACCAGAUUCCGGAGAUCAGCAGGCAGCUCGAGGACUUCAGGUCAAAGCGGGUAUUGGGUAUGACCCCUGGGGAACUAGAACUCAAUGAGCUGGAGUCUUAUCGAACAAGCGAUCGACAUAUCCUAGAAUCCAAAGAAAAGCAACUGGCAGAACAGCUACUCGCACGGCUGGAUGAGGUCCACCCCACCAUCAGUACCGACGAGGACAAAAGUUCUGCAGUUUUUUGUGCCAUCGUCGCCUAUAUGAAGCAUCUUGGGGUGAAGACCAAGGUGGCGGAUAGCAAGAAAUCAAAGGGUAUCUUCUUUAGGAAAAAGGUUUCUUCCAAGAAACCAGAUGAAACUGUAAAAACCAAGAAAACCUUCAGCAUCUUGGAUCCUACACGCUGGAAAUCAGGAGAAUCUCAUAGUGUUGACAACAGACCGUCAAAGUCUGAGCCCGAAGCAGUUGACAAGCCAGUUGUCCAUGAAAGAAGAAUCAGCCAUGGGCAGAAGACUUUUGACAGAAGUGAUAGCAGCAACUUGGUUAAACCUAAAAUAAGUGUCGGAGCACCCCCAGAUAUGACAGAGUCCGGGGUCUCUGUAACAAUACAUGCUCCACCUAGCGAGCCCAGUGACAGUGACACAGCAACACUCGAUGGGUCAACCUCGUUGGAUAUCUCGGACGCCUCAAAAGGAUCUCCCACCAUGGAACUGUGCCCGGGUGAACCAAUGCAAGAGGACAACGCUGAGAAUGAAAGCCCCGAGCCUGGGGGGAGUACGGAGGGUCCACUGUCCUUUCUGCUUCCCCAGUCUGAGGAGAAUGAGCCGCGCGUUCCAGAGGCAGAGAGUGACCCUCCAAACUGGAGGGAGCUCGUCCCCCCUGAAACACUCCUCAGGCUGAAGAAAAGCGAAAUAAAGCGGCAGGAGGUCAUCAAUGAGCUCAUCUUCACUGAACACGCACAUGUGCGGAUGCUUCACGUGUUGCAUGACAUCUUUUACCUCCCAAUGCAGGAUGUCUGGAUUCCCCAAAUGGAGUUGCAAAACAUCUUUCCUAGUCUUGAUGAUCUCAUCGAGGCACAUGUUGUGUUCCUGGAAACCUUGAAGAGACUACGGCUGGAGAAUAACUAUGUAAUCCAGGAGAUUGGUACCACACUGUUAAACCGGUUUGAUGGCACAGAAGGAAGCUGGUUCCAGAAGAUUUCUUCUCGAUUCUGCAGUCGCCAACCAUUUGCUCUGGAACAACUGAAACAGAAGCAGAAGAAAGAUCCUCGUUUCACCCAAUUUAUUCAGGAAGCAGAGAGCAACCCACAAUGCAGAAGGCUGCAGUUAAAGGAUAUUAUCCCAUUUGAGAUGCAAAGAUUAACCAAGUAUCCGUUACUGCUCCAGAAUAUUGCAAAUCUCACCGAUGAUGAGGAAGAAAAGCAGAAAGUGCAGAAGGCUGCCGAGUGCUGCCGUCAGAUUCUCAAUCAUGUCAACCAGGAAGUUCGAGAAAUGGAGAACCAUAUGAAGCUCAACGAUUACCAAAGACGCCUGGAUGUUUCCAACCUGAGGGUGAAUGAUCUUGUGUUUAAUGAGUUUAAGAAUAUUGAUAUCAGUAAAAAGAAUCUUAUAUACGAGGGUUCUUUGCUAUGGAGAGUAAGCAGAGACAAGGCCAUUGAUGUCCAUGUCCUCCUCCUAGAUGACAUGUUGAUGCUGCUGCAGAAACAGGAUGAGCGACUGGUGCUGAAAUGCCAAAGUCGGACCAUUAUGCCUACCCCAGAUGGAAAGUUAAUGCUGAUUCCCAUUAUUAAGUUAGAUUCUGCAAUGGCUCGCGAAGUGGCUACAGACAACAAAGCCUUUUUUGUGAUAUUUAAGUGGGACGGCAAAGGGCAAAUCUAUGAAUUGGUGGCACCUACUGUAUCCGAGAAGAAAAUUUGGUUUUCAUUGAUCAAAGAAACUGCAGGCUCCUUAGACUUUUGUGCUCCAUCCAGAUCUGGACUUCGAUCUGGAGAUUCUAGUAGAAUGAUCCCGCAGAGUCCGUCAUAUUUUAACGAGCCAGUACUAAGGGAGAACGGAGAUUCCCUUAAAGAUUCUGUGAACAAAGAUGACAAGAAAAAGUCUCCUGUGGAAUCCGGGCAGGAAGAGACUGUUGGCGACACACCAAAUCUAAUGGAGCAUCUUCUAGCUCAUAAUAUUGCUGUGUGUAAAAUGAGCCAGGAAUCCACGAAUACUGGUGGGAACUUAGCCAGUGAGGCUUUAGAAGAAGUUUUGGUGCUAAAACGGUUACUAGUGAAGAAUAUACGCCUUAGUUUGGAUGCAGAUUCACUGUCAUUUAUAGAGUUAAACUCGGCCAGAGAUGAGGCCAAAGGGGAGGAGCUUGCACCGGCGGAAACGACCACCAAUGGUGAUGAUGAGGACUCUUCAAGAGACACUGGAGAGAAUGGUGCUGAAUUGAGCGGAGAAAGUCAACUAGACGGUGGGGACUCUUUAUGUGCACCCAUUGUACUGUCUCAGGAACAAUCUGAGGAAGUUAGAAGACACAUCCAAGUGCUAGAGCAAAGGGUCCAACAGCUCAAGAUGAUAGAAGAGGACUAUAACCAUCUGCAGAGGACAAUCGCCAAAUUUACUGUGUCUCAGAGCAGUUUCACAUGAGACAGGUUUUCUCCAUCUCCUCGAUGUGCCAAUCCCUCACGCAUCCAUCCGCGGGUUGCCCUUCUCAUCAACUAAAACCUUUCUGACUGUAUCCUACUACCUAACAAAUAGGCAUCCCACAGGGUGCUGUAACAGGGGAUUAAGCGGAGAAUGGUGGUAUUACCUACCCAAUGAACUGCCAGCUGUUUUAUUAUAGGAUGGGUGACCAUUCACUGUUUAUUACAGGAGAAAACUCCAUUCUAGAUAUCAAAUGCCACCAAAGUGCCUUAUUGCUUUUUUUUUUUUUUUAUAUAUAUAUAUAUUGUUUUUUUCAGGGACUGUUGGGGGAGGGGGGCUGCUGAAUUCUCUAUAUAUUAUGUAAUCUGUUUUUAAAUAUAUAUAUAUAUAUAAUUAUAAGAUAUAGAGAUUCUUAUCCUAGCUGUACAGUAAAGUGAUGACAAGCUUGUAUGAAUGAAUAAAUAUGUGCUUCUUUCUAGGCCCCUUUAUCAGUUGGGUUAAUGAAUAAUCCCCAUAUCCUCACCUUAUUUAAGGCUCUGAUUUUUUUAUUUUAUUUUUCUAUCCCUCCUGGGUUUCAAGAGGGAGUGCGGUACCUACAAAGAGACUGGCACCUGGAUCAGGUUGGGAUGUGGAAAAUUAAGGGAUUCAGAAAAGAGUGAUGAGAUGAGGCUAAGCUGAUAACUUAGAUUUAAGUUGGUGUCUUCACAUGCUGGAGUCUGUGGGAAGAAGGUUAAUAGUGCAUGAGACCCACGUCAAAAUACUUUUGUAUUAUUGUUAGCUAGGGAUAUUCCGCAGGAUGUGUCCUGAUUGCCUCUGUAUUAGGAAUGAGUUUUGUAUCUGUCUGUCUGUGUCUGAGUGAGCUUUGAAUAUUAAGAGUUAAUAUUCCAGCUAUCUGUGCACAAGUUACGAGUGAGGGGUAGGAUUAAGGAUGAGAGAUAUGUCCGUGUGUGAGUAGAGGAUCGAGUGUUUUUGAUCCACUGUCUAUAUACUAGCAGCGAAGUUGAGCUGUUUCCCCACAGUUGUGUUGUGGGAUCUAAGUUGAUGGACCCGAUUCGUUUCGAAUUAAAAAAGUAAAAGUAACGUGUUUGCUACUGGCAUAAGAUAUAAGGUCACAGUAUGUUUAUCAUGAAGAGAUCUGCAGGGAUCAUGCAUCUACGGAUCCCACCUGAUCCAGGAAACCAUUCAUUGCCAUCUCAUUGCUUCCAAAAGACCCACCACAUCUACUCAGAGUCAAACCGACAACUUAUGGUGGAGGUAAAAAAAAGUAUAGAAUAUCUGUACUGUCACUGUAUAGAGAGCUGCAGAGAGGGAGAUUUAUUGUAUGUGCAUAUUGUGCACCCACAUACAUACAUACAGGGCUGGAAUGCUUUUAAGUGUUAGAAAAUAAAGAACAUCUCUAUUGUAUUCAAAGAUGUGGGGAUUUCGUGUCCUGGAUCUAUGUAUUUUUCUUAGUCCUAAUUUGUUUAAAAGUCAUCCUUUAUGUUAUUUAAACAAACAAAAAAUAUAUAUAUAUAUAUAUAAAUUGAAGCUUUCUUUUUUUAUUGGAUGGGUGGUUUUGAAAAAAGGUCAGUGUAUUAUGUCAACAGGGGGGUUUGAAAAGGAAAGGGGGGGCGUAUUUGUAUUCCAUAUUUUGUUUCUCAAUGUAUGCCAAAGACUUUCAUUGUCUAGAACCUAAAAACUGUAAAAGCAACAAAGAAAUAAAGUGUUUAAAGAAUUACUAUGGUGGGAUGGUAAUCCCGUUA